AAUUGUCAGACGCCCUUCCUUCCCGCUGGCAGAAUGUGAGAAGAACAUUCAGUGUGAAUAACAGCAAGACACAUUUCCAAGUGUCGAGUCUUGUAUACGAGCAAAUCCAUUAGACCCUUUAUAUAUUCAUGCGUAUGUUGUGUAAUCAUUUUCUCAAUGCACUUACAGGGGAUCUCCGUGUGAUUUGUGGGCCAUUAGUGUACAUUAAUGUUGAGAGCAUCUAAACGCUCCCCUCCCGUCACGAGAGUUGAUCAACACUCCCUCCAGUAACUGAGUGAGAGAGAGAGAGAGAGGCGAACCUCGUCAUAUAAACAUGCAGGGAAACCCCAGCAGCAUGAGCAUUGCAGGAUUAAUGAGAGCACCGAGAGGACACGACACGCUCCAUUUCACUGGCAACAUGUUUCUCAACUAAUCCUGCUUCCAAACUACAGUGCCGGAAGCUAAACUGCAGGGAGCACUUUAUAAAUUCAUUUAAAACCGUUAACCAUUUGGUAUUGGGGAAUAAACGAAGCCCAAGUCACUACUGAUUUUAAUUGCUUAUUUCUUGAACGACGGGAUAAUGAUGUCCAGCGUGCGCCGGCACAGCCUCCGCCUCCAGAGCGAGAUCCACCGCUGGAGCAUCUGCGACCCGGGCAGCCACUUGUUCCCUGACAGCCUCCUCGCCCGCGUGCCCGCUUGCAUCUCCCGAUCCAAAUCGUGCGCAAGCUCCGCCGGAGAGUCUGACGGAGGAAGCAGCCGUGGCAGCUGGUCCUCGUCGUCCGACUCGGUCAUCUCCACUGAUUCGGUCAACCCGUACCGCGUGGUGCUCCUCGGGGCCGGCGGGGUCGGGAAGACUGCCUUCGCCUGCAUCUUCUCCGGGGCGGCGGACAGCAUGGACAGCGAUGACUGCGAGCUAUGUGGAGAAGAACUACGCGAGAAGGAAAUUCACGUGGAUGGAGAGGCUGCAACAAUCACUCUGUUGGACACAUGGGAUGCAGACAAUGACGGUGAAUGUGCUCAGGAGUGCUACAUGCAGUCAGGCGACGCCUUCCUGCUACUGUACUCUAUAACCGAUCGAUCAUCCUUUCUGCGGGCGUCCGAGCUGCGCAUCACCCUGCGCCGCCUUCGCCCAGCCCAACACACGCCUAUCAUCCUGGUGGGCAACAAGUGUGACCUGGUGCGACGCAGGCAGGUUUCUACCAACGAAGGCCGCACCUGCGCCGCCAUCUUCGACUGCAAGUUCAUCGAGACCUCCGCCGCCAUGCAGCACAACGUGUGGGAGGCCUUCCAUGGCAUUGUGCGACAGCUGCGUCUGCGCAGGGACUCCAAGGAUGCCAAGGGCGGCGGGCGCGCUGCUUGCCGCCCCCGUCGGGAGAGCCUCCCCAUCAAGGCCAAGCGUUUUCUCGACAAAAUAGUGGCCAGGAACAAUCCCAGUGUCGCAUUCUGGCUCAAGUCUAAAUCCUGCCACGACUUGUCUGUUCUGUAAGGAGAAUGAUUGACACGGAACGACUGAGGAGUGGACUGCGUGGGCUUGUGGGGGAAAAAUGAAUGCUACGAUGAGCGGCUUCAAGAACAGUUUGGUGGACAAGAUGGCAACAUUUGCUGUUUACAGGCAAUCAAUGGACAAGGAGAACCACAUGUUUGUGUUUCACAUACCUCUCUUCCUAUUUGCUUUCAGUCCUGCCAGUCUGUUAAAUCACAAGUGUUGACGCUUUAACUGUAAGUGUUCAAAUGUAUUUUUUAUAGUACCACAAGCUUCAGCGUACGAGGUGCAGAUUAAGCCAAAAACAACUUUACCUCUUAAACACUCAACACAACUGAAUAAUUUUUUUGUUAUUCUAUCUGGUGGGUCAAAAAUAUGAGAGAGAGAGAGAGAGAG